ACAUAAACCAGAUCCAGAAUGAAAAUGUCUCCCUCUCUUUGCUGUCAUCUAGUGAUCAUAUGGAUUUCUGCAGUCCAAAUAAGCAAGUGAAACAUAAAUGAACACAUAUUGCCAUCUUCCUACAGCACUGGAUGUGACAGUGUAUUUUCAUCCUUGCUCACUCCCCUCUUAGCAUAAAGAGAAAUCCAAGCUUCCUCAUGUACAAAUAAAAUAUCCCUUAUUUCUGAUCAAUGCCUAAGCUAGUUCCAGGAAAUUGCUGAGCUGUGCAGUUCCUCGAAAGGGAAGAUUUUACUUCAACCAAGGGUUCAUCAUGUCUGACAAACCAGAUUUUGCAGAAAUUGAAACGUUUGAUAAGACCAAACUGAAAAAAACUGAAACUAGAGAAAAAAAUCCAUUACCUACCAAGGAAACUAUUGAACAGGAAAAGCAAAACAAAAAUACACCUUGAAGUUGAAUCAGAAGAUAUGGCUAACAUCUGCUAUGGGGUUUUAAGUUCUAUAUUUUAAAAAUCUGUUAUUAGUUGAUGUAUUCUGCUUUUUCAGAAAUAGCACUUUUUUUACUUCCCUCCCCCCUGUAUUAAAACAGCAAGAGUCAUCUGUUUUAAAGCAAUGCUCUGAAGCCAAUCAAAACACCAUUUAUAAUUUUCCAAAGACAGUACAUAUUGUGUUUCAAAUAUAUAUGUGAAUUUGCCAAAAAUGUAUCCUUUUGUUGUUUGUCAACAGAAAUUAUUAUUUUCAUAUAUUAUCUGAUAUGGAACCCCCACAAUAAACCAGUUUCUGAUGUGUCGCCCUUGUUUAAAACGACAUUUUCUAAUUCAAAAAGAGCUGUGCGUCUUGAUCAAGAAGUCUGUCUGUAAACAUCCUGAAUAAUAAAAUUUAAUUUU